AUGCCAACCCACAACCUCGCCUUUACAUCCCUCAUCAAUCCCCCCAACACACCCAACCCUCUCACCGUCUCCCAAAUCUGGAAGGGCCUUCUCCUCAAAUGCCGCUCCGCUGAGACCUUCGUGCCCGCCGCAAUCCAACACACCACCGUCCUCAGUGACACCAUCGACCCGGCCACGGGUAACCCGGUCAUCGUCCGCGAGGUCCUCUUCCGCGAGUCGCAGAAACUCGUCAAGGAGGUCGUCACCGCGUUCGAGCCUUGUCGGGUGGAGUUUGAACAGCCGGACGGGAGUCGGGUCAGUAACGUCGUGAGCGUGGGGGCACAGGGGGAAUUGUACAUGACCUAUAUCUUUGAGUGGAGACAUCCCGAGUUGGAAGGGGAGACCGCGGAGCAGAGGGAGCGGGUUUUGGAAAAAGAAAAGGCGAUGAGCAAGUCCGCCGUCGAGGGGACUAUCACGGUUCUGAGGAGGCUUGCUGAGGAGGGGAAGAUCUAA